AUUCCACACGGGGAAACAAAAACCACAAGAAAAUAAAUAUUGUUGUCAAGUAAAACGUCAAAGUAAAUUUCUACACCAAUUAUGACACAUUUAGGUUUAUUUCAACGCAAACAUUUGAGUUCUUCCGAAAGUCAUUUAUUAGAAAAUUGUGUGCUUGAAGACCCAGAAGAUCCCUCGGGUGUGAGACUAACACUAACCGAACAAGUGUUUCUUCUCGGGCUUAAGGAUCGCGAAGGUUACGUGUCGUUUUGGAACGAUUACAUUUCAAGGGGACUUCGCGGGUGCAUUUUGAUCGAUUUGUUCUUGCGCGGAAGGAUCAGACUGGUGGAUAGAGCUGGUCGUGCAAAGUCUGUGUUAACUCGUAAAGUGGUUUUGACAAAUGACGUGCCAACUGACGAUCCGUUGCUUGACGAGGUGCUAAAAUGGAUUAAAUUAAGCCAGGAACCGCACACCGUACCGGAGUGGAUCGACUACAUGUCCAGUGAGAAUUGGUUCCAACUUAAGUAUCGUUUGCGGAAUGUACAAAAUCGCAUCGCGAAGGCUCUAGUGGAGAAAGGCGUGUUGAAGACAAGUAUUCAAAACUUCUAUUUGUUCAGUAUUACUACGCAUCCUCUUUUGGAAAAUGUUACAAAGGCGAAGAUUGUGACAAGCUUACAAAAUGCAAUUUUAAAGAAAUGGUCGUACGAUGCGAUUCGUAUGGAUAAAAAGCUACUGGCACUAAUAUUUUUGGCGCAUGCUAGUGGGGUACUUGAUAACGCGCUGGAAAGCCUCGGAAAUGAAGAUUAUCGCAUCUGUAAGACGAGGAUUGUAAAUUUGUUGCGGUUAGACUUCGAAAGACAGGCGUACAAAUCCGAUGAAGAUGCCCUUAUGUGGGCUGUAAUUUAUGCCUUAGCGAAAAAUGAUUAUAUCUGAACUGUAGUCCACAAUAUUAACAGCAAUAAAAUCACUGUUGUAAGGUG